AAGAUUGCCAAGUAAAACUAACCAACCAAAAUCCAGUCUCUCCGAUAUCAUCAUCGUCCUCUUCAUUCCCACUCUCUUUGAACAGGUACGCAGGUUCAGUUGUACAAAAAUUAUUCUAGGGUUAAAUUACUGUAUCAAUACUUUCAGUCACUGGGUUUACAUUGAAUAUUCAUUUUAUGGCUUCUUCAAUGCUGAAUGGAGCUGAAAAUCUCACACUCAUGAGAGGGUUAUCACCAAAUGGAUUAGGUUUUGUAGGGUCAAAUUUCAAUGGAAGCAAAUUAGGUUUGGUUUCUUGUAGAAGGAUUCAUCCAAAAUCAAGAAGCUUUAUAGUACCUAAAUGUAGUAUCUCUAGUUCUACUCCAAGACCUGCUUCUCAACCUAGAUUUAUACAACACAAAAAAGAGGCAUUUUGGUUUUAUAGAUUUCUCUCAAUUGUUUAUGAUCAUGUUAUUAAUCCUGGUCAUUGGACUGAGGAUAUGAGAGACGAUGCACUUGAACCUGCAGACUUAAAUGACAGGAAUUUAGUUGUAGUUGAUGUUGGUGGCGGGACUGGGUUCACUACUUUAGGUAUUGUUAAACAUGUUGAUGCCAAAAAUGUUACUAUUCUUGAUCAGUCCCCUCACCAACUUGCUAAAGCUAAGGAGAAGGCGCCGUUGAAGGAUUGCAAGAUAAUCGAAGGUGAUGCUGAGGAUCUUUCUUUCCCUACAGAUUAUGCAGAUCGAUAUGUUUCAGCUGGAAGUAUUGAGUACUGGCCAGACCCACAGAGAGGAAUCAAGGAGGCAUACAGGGUGUUGAAAAUAGGUGGCAAGGCUUGUUUGAUCGGUCCAGUGUACCCGACAUUUUGGUUAUCUCGGUUCUUUGCUGAUGUGUGGAUGCUGUUCCCGACAGAGGAAGAGUACAUCGACUGGUUCACAAAAGCUGGAUUUAAGGAUGUUAAGCUAAAGAGAAUUGGUCCACAAUGGUAUAGGGGAGUUCGUCGACAUGGAUUGAUCAUGGGAUGCUCUGUUACAGGUGUGAAGCUUGCAUCCGGGGACUCUCCGCUGGAGCUUGGUCCAAAGGUGGAAGAUGUGAGUAAGCCUGUAAAUCCAUUUGUGUUCUUUCUCCGGUUCCUGCUUGGUGCCACGGCUGGAAUGUACUAUGUUCUGGUUCCAAUUUAUAUGUGGAUCAAAGAUCAGAUUGUUCCCAAGGGUCAGCCUAUCUGAGUCGCAUCUAGAGAAAAAAUAAAAAUAUUUCAGACGUCAUUUUCCUAUUUCUUUCAUAAACCUUGUAUGUUUGGAACUUCUAGUGCUUAUAAUUACUUUUUCUUCAUGAAAGUUCCACUGCAUGUUGAGUACCACAACAUGUAUGUUCUUCCCUUCGAAACUAUAUAUAAGCCCCUUAUGUUUCUUUCUUCU